ACGUUAGAAUUCAUAUGACCAUUUAGCCCCUAAUUUGAAUUCCUUAGCCAUUGGCGCCAUGAAAUGCAAUGAAUCAAGCUGUUUCCCAUCUUCUCCAAACUUGCAAAACCCUAAACAGGUUAAAAUCAGUCCAUGCACAUUUAUUAGUAUGUGGAUCCAUUGCCUCAUCAGACCUUGUUCUGAACAAAAUCAUUCGUCUUUAUUCUCGUUUCGGUGCCACAAACUAUGCUCGCAAGGUGUUUGAUGAAAUUCCUGAACGAAACCCUUUUCUUUGGACUUCAAUAAUUCAUGGCUAUGUUGAAAAUUCUCAGCAUACUGAAGCUUUUUCUCUCUUCCGUUAUAUGCGUAAUGGCGAUGUUACACCUUUGAAUUUUACUAUAUCAUCUAUACUUAAGGCGUUAGGACGGCUGAAAUGGCCGAGAGAUGGUGAGGGGAUGUUAGGGCUAAUAUGGAAAUGUGGGUUUGGUUUUGAUUUACUUGUGCAAAAUUCAGUGAUUGACUGUUUCAUGAGAUGUGGGGAAGUUGAUUGUGCCAGACGAGUAUUUGAUGGGAUGGAGGAAAAGGAUGUUGUUUCUUGGAAUUCAAUGGUAUCGGGGUAUGUGACUAAUGAUAGACUCGAAAUUGCACGAGAGUUGUUUGAUAGCAUGGAUGAGAAAAAUGUAGUUUCUUGGACUAGUGUGAUAUGUGGCUAUGUUAGGAAGGGAGAUAUGGAGGAGGCUAGGAACCUUUUCAACAAUAUGCCUACUAAGGAUAUGGCUGCUUGGAAUGUGAUGAUUUCAGGGUAUACAGAUGUUGGUGAUAUGCAGACAGCAAAUUCUCUGUUUCAGGCAAUGCCUGUUCGUGACACUGGAACAUGGAAUUUGAUGUUAUCAGGGUAUUGUAAGGUGGCCGAGUUAGAAAGAGCAAGGGACUACUUUGAACGAAUGCCCUGUAGGAAUGUGGUGUCAUGGACUAUGAUGAUAGAUGGUUAUGUUAAGUCUGGGAAAUUGCAUGAAGCAAGGUGUUUAUUUGAUGAAAUGCCUGAGAAAAAUCUUAUUACAUGGUCAACCAUGAUUAGUGGUUAUGCUAAGAAUGGGAAACCUUCUGCUGCUUUGGAAUUGUUCAAAAACUUCAAAAAGCAAAGUCUUGAACUGGAUGAGACUUUUAUUUUGAGUAUCAUCUCAGCUUGCUCUCAAUUAGGGAUUGUAGAUGCAGUUGAGUCAGUCAUGAGUGUUGAUGUAGGAUCCAGAUAUUUUUCUGAUACACGUGUUGUUAACAGUUUGGUAGACCUCUAUGCAAAAUGUGGAAAUAUUGAGAAAGCCUCGCAAGUAUUUGAAAUGGCAGAUAAAAAAGAUUUCUAUUGUUAUAGUACAAUGAUUGCUGCGUUUGCUAAUCAUGGCUUGGUUGAAAAAGCAUUAUAUUUAUUUGAGGAUAUGCAAAGAGAGAAUAUAGAGCCCGAUGAAGUAACUUUCCUCGCAGUUUUGAGUGCUUGCAACCAUGGAGGACUUAUUGAUAAAGGGAGGAGGUACUUUAAACACAUGACUGAAGAAUUCAGAAUUCAGCCCACAGAAAAACAUUAUGCAUGCAUGGUAGAUAUCCUUGGUCGUGGUGGGUUCUUUGAAGAGGCCCAUGAGAUGAUAUUGAGUAUGCAUAUGGCUCCCACUUCAGCUGUUUGGGGUGCAAUGCUUGCAGCUUGCAAUGUUCACCGCAAUGUCCAGAUGGCUGAAGUUGCAGCGUCUGAGUUAUUCAAGAUUGAGCCUGAGAAUUCUGGAAAUUACAUUCUCCUGUCCAAUAUUUAUGCUGCUGCAGGAAGAUGGCGUGAUGUAGCUAGAGUAAGGGCACUGAUCAGAGAGCAUCAUGUGAAAAAAAAUCGGGGGUCUAGCUGGAUUGAGUUGGAUUCUGCAGUGCACGAGUUUGUAAUGGGAGAUGUGUCACAUGUGGAUGUAGACAGGAUAUGCUUCAUAUUGAGUCUACUAAAUGAAGAUAUGAAGCUUUCAGGAUAUACCAAAGAUAAGGAUCUGCAUCCAAUUUCGACGUGGUACCCCUCUUAUCUAUCUCUUUCAAGUGAUACUAAAAUGGACGAGGAACUGUUUUGAGUGAUCUCUGCCACAACAUACCGAGGUACUUCUCCUGGAUGUAGAAUUUCAACAUUAACGUCCUUAUCUUAAAUGAUGAAAAUGUUUAGGAUUUGUAACCUGGCUCUUAAUAAAAUAUUAUUGAAACAGGCUUGUAUGUUUGUCAAAAGUUAUUUCUAACACCCAUAGUCAACCUUGAAAAUUUCUUGCUUCUGAAAUCUGA